AUGGCCGCCGCCGCCGCCGUCUCUUUCUCCACUUUGCUCCUCCUACCACUCCUGCUCUGCUCGCAGCUCUCCCUCGCCUCGGCAGAGGCGCCGGCGCCGGCGGCGGAGCUCCUCGGCGAGGCGCGCGCGCCGGGGUUCGCCGCGUGGCUGCGGGGCGUGCGGCGGCGCAUCCACCAGCGGCCCGAGCUGGCCUUCCAGGAGCACCGCACCAGCGAGCUCGUGCGGGCCGAGCUCGACGCGAUCGGCGUCCCCUACAGGUGGCCGGUCGCCCAGACCGGCGUCGUGGCCACCAUCGUCGGCGCCGCCGCCGGCCCCGGGCCCGUCAUUGCGCUCCGGGCCGACAUGGACGCGCUCCCCGUGCAGGAGUUGGUGGAUUGGGAACACAAGAGCCAGGAAAGUGGGAAAAUGCAUGCUUGCGGACAUGAUGCACACACAACAAUGCUUCUGGGGGCUGCUAGAAUACUUCAAGAUCGCAAGAGUGAUCUAAAGGGCACUGUAAAGCUUAUAUUCCAGCCGGCAGAGGAGGGUCAGGGUGGUGCAUAUUAUGUGUUACAAGAAGGUGUUCUUGACGAUGUGUCAGCCAUAUUUGGCUUGCAUGUUGACCCAGCCCUUCCUGUAGGUGUCGUUUCAUCUAGGCCAGGACCCUUUGCAGCAACGUCAGGUCGAUUCCUAGCAACAGUUACUGGUAAAGGUGGGCAUGCUGCAAUGCCCCAUGAAUCCGUUGAUCCUGUUCUAGCUGCAGCCACUACUAUCGUCAGCCUUCAACAAAUUAUUUCUCGGGAAAUAGAUCCCCUACAGGGUGCAGUUGUAUCAAUCACUUUUAUGAAAGGAGGAGAAGCUUACAAUGUUAUUCCAGAGUCUGUGACCUUUGGUGGCACCUUGAGGAGCAUGACAAAUGAAGGUUUAUCAUAUCUCAUGAAGAGGAUCACAGAGAUCGUAGAAGGACAGUCGGCGGUACAUCAUUGCACUGCCUCUGUGGACUUCAUGGAGGACACAAUGAAGCGAUAUCCAGCUGUGAUCAAUGAUGAAAGGAUGUAUGCUCACGCAAAGGAAGUGGCUGAGAGCCUCCUUGGGGAAAAGAACGUCAAGCUUGGUCCCCAGGCAACUGUAGUGUACAAAGUGGCCGUCCUACCGCUACCAGCCGUCUGUUGUGUCCCAUUGACCAUUGUCCGACUCCAACGAAGAAAACGUGAGCAGAAGUCUCGUGGCGCUCGCGUCCAUGGCAUCGUCAUCUGCUUCUCGCCGCCGCCUCCUCAUGCUCGCCAUGGUCCUCGUCCCACACCUGGUGGCUGCCGUCUCUGGCCCAGCGACGACUGCUCUCGCCGACGGCCUUCUAAGGGCGGCCCGUGCGCCAGGGUUCGCGGCGUGGACGCGCGGCCUCCGGCGGCGCAUCCACCAGCACCCGGACGGAGCUGGCGUUCCAGCUUCCAGGAGCACCGCACCAGCGAGCUGGUGCGCGCAGAGCUCGACGCGCUCGGCGUCCCCUACGCCUGGCCCGUCGCCCAGACAGGUGUCGUUGCCACGAUCGCCAGCGGCGGCCGCGGUGUCGGUCCCGUCGUAGCUCUCCGGGCUGACAUGGACGCGCUACCCGUUCAGGAAAUGGUAGACUGGGAAUACAAGAGUAAGGAAGAUGGCAAGAUGCAUGCUUGUGGACAUGACGCUCAUGUCACGAUGCUCCUUGGAGCUACUAAGCUUCUUCAAUCUCGGAAGGAUGACCUGAAGGGUACAAUAAAGCUUGUGUUCCAGCCAGCAGAAGAGGGGUACGCUGGGGCCUAUUUCGUUCUGAGAGAAGUUGACCUGGACGAUGUCUCGGCCAUCUUCGGCUUGCACGUCAUCCCAGAUCUUCCAGUAGGCGUUGUCGCAUCCCGGCCAGGGCCUUUCCUUUCAGCAGCAGCUCGGUUCACGGCAACGCUCACCGGAAAAGGCCGGCAUUCCGGCGGCCCUCACGAUACCAUUGAUCCUGUGAUCGCUGCGUCCUCUGCCGUCCUCAGCCUCCAGCAACUUGUGUCCCGGGAAACUGACCCUCUUGAAGGUGCUGUGGUAUCUGUCACAAUGCUGAAAGGAGGUGAUGCUUUCAAUGUCAUCCCUGAAUCUGUGACAAUUCGUGGCACCUUCAGAAGCAUGACAGAUCAAGGUCUAUCAUUUCUCAUGAAGAGGGUCAAAGAGCACAAGCCGCCGUGCACCGCCACCGUCGACUUCCUGGAGGAGGAUCUCCGGACGUACCCGACCACCGUCAACGAUGAAAGGAUGUACGCGCAUGCCAAGGAAGUUGCUGAGGGCAUGCUUGGGAAAGCCAACGUCAAGAUUGCUCCGCAGACCAUGGGUGGCGAGGACUUUGCAUUCUACGCACAGAGGGCAGCGGGUGCCUUCUUCUUGAUCGGCGUCGGCAAUCAGACCACCAUGGAGAGGGUGCGCCCGGUGCACUUGCCGUACUUCGUCAUGGAUGAGGACGCUCUUCCUAUUGGAGCGGCGUUCCAUGCUGCUGUGGCAAUUGAGUAUCUGAACAAAAAUCAGUGCACCUGA